UAUUAGAUAAAUAUUCAUUAAAACAUGUUCCAAAAAUGACCCCCAUAAAAUUGCCCAGCCGGGAAGUGUUUUCCUUGAACGGAAAAGAUAACACUGUUGCCACUCCACUGCCUUGGUAUCUUUUUGUACAGUUAUAUAUGGAGGAAUAUGCGGCUGAUAUCGACUCAAUCUCCAAAGCACAGACGCGAAUAAAGCCGUAUAUUCAUGUCACCCCUGUCCUGACUUCAGAUACCUUAAACACGGUGGCCGGCAAAUCUUUAUUUUUCAAGUGUGAAUGCUUUCAAAAGGGCGGAGCUUUUAAAUUCAGAGGUGCCUCAAAUGCCAUCUUUUCUCUCCACCACCAACAAGCAGCCAAGGGAGUCGUAACUCACAGCAGUGGUAAUCAUGCUGCAGCAUUGGCCUUGGCCGCGAAACUGCGAGGAAUCCCUGCAUAUAUAGUUAUACCAAAAAAUGCUCCUAAAUGCAAAGUUGAGAACGUGAGACGUUAUGGAGGUCAAAUUAUUUGGAGUGAGGCUAAUAUGCAAUCUAGAGAGGAAACAGCAAAUAAGGUAUUACACGAGACUGGUGCUGUUCUUGUUCAUCCGUAUAACGAUGGCCGUAUCAUAAGUGGCCAGGGUACUCUCUCACUCGAGUUUCUUGAUCAGGUCCCACAACUUGACACCCUAAUAGUUCCAAUAAGCGGUGGGGGUUUGAUAUCUGGUGUUGUUAUUGGAGCAAAGUCCAUUAAUCCUGCCAUACGGGUCCUGGCUGCUGAGCCUAAAGGAGCCGAUGACGCUGCACAAUCCAAAGCAUCUGGGAGAAUCAUAACCUUGGCUCAAACCAACACCAUUGCUGAUGGGCUUCGAGCUUCCCUGGGAGAUCUCACAUGGCCCAUUGUACGGGAUCUUGUAGACGGCAUAAUCACUGUGGAUGAUAAAGAGAUUGUUGAUGCUAUGAAAUUUUGUUAUGAGAUACUUAAGGUUGCAAUCGAGCCUAGUGGUGCUAUAGGUCUUGCUGCUGUUCUCUCCGAAGCGUUCAAACAAAAUUCUGCUUGGAAGGAUUCUCUUAACAUUGGGAUUGUGCUUUCCGGAGGUAAUGUGGACCUUGGUGCUCUUUGGGAAUCAUUGAAUACCUGAUAAUUCAGUUGUACUUGACCGAACUAUCUACUCUGUACCCUAAAACCUAAUUGCUCAAAUAUAAAAUCUAUCUUUUUGUAGUAAA